AUGCAGUCCAUCAUCUCCGCCUUUCCUCUCUUCACCCCUAGCAAGCGGGCCAGCGCCUCACCACGGGUCUCCCUCGGCACGUCUUCCAGCAUUGCAGGCCCAGUCUCGCCGCGGCUGAAACUGAAAAAGAAUUCACCUGGAUCGACAAGACGACAGUCGCUUGCCAGGAGGCUCAGGAACGAGGAAACGUCUCUGCAGAAGGAGGACGAUGACAGUGGUGAAGCUUACCAGCCGAACGACACAGUGGGAGACUCUCUGCAGCUGGAACAACAGGAGUUGGUGUCGGCGUCAACGCCUCGCGCAGCACCGAGAGCGUCGAAUGUGGUAGAGGCCUACUCAACAAGGUCAGCGAUGCGAGCUGCACGCAUCUCGGAAAUUUUACGCCGGGCUGACAUAGGAGCGGAGGAAACCGAGGAACCGCAAAUGGAACAAGAGGUGGAGGCAGCCGAUGAUGAGGUGAAUGCGGUGCAAGAGCAGGGAGAGGGGAAAGAAGAAGAAGAAGAAGACGAAGGGGAUGAUGGAGACGAAGAACAAUACGGCUUUGAAGGCUUCGCCGGAUAUCGCUGGGUCGGCGACUCUAUCGAGAUCCAGGUGCAGUGGGACGGCGGCGAGACCACCUGGGAGCCCGAAGCCAAUCUGCACCACGAUUGCCCCAAGGCCCUCUUUGAGUACUGGCGCUCACAUCAGGGCCGGCCCAAGAAUCCGAGAGACCCGGAGAUGUACGAAGUGUAUUCCAUCCUCAAGCACAAUAGGAACCGGAGCAGAUUGCUGGUCGAAUGGGUCGGAUUCGAACGUUCAGAGGCGACGUGGGUGUCGCGCAAGGUAAUCGAGGAGACGGCAAAGGAUGUUGUUGAUGCCUACUUUGGUAGCGUCACGACGAAAAGGAGGAAGAAACGUAGCCAUGCAACAGAGGCUUGUCGAUGGUGCCACUAUCUAGGUUUCUCAACGUGCUGCAGCCUCCAGUCGAAUACAAGAUGCCUGGAACUCUGCGGAGAUGGCUUUCGGUACGACACAGGUAGUUGUGUCAGCAAAAUGAUGAAGCAAGCGUCAGAUUCAGGCCGCGUCUACAUCCAUGCUGUUAUCCCGUACUACCCAAUAUGCCCACUUACGUAUGUUGUUGUGCUCUUUGCUCUGGCCAGACACACCCAUUUCCACAUCGACGGCGGGGGCGCCGGGUCGUCGCGCGAGUCGGACGCGUCGGGCGGCAGCCCGGAAGAUCUCUGA